CUCUCCGCCUCUGUCCGUCGGCCAGGCAGCAGCCUCAGUCACGCUCCCCGGAACCAAACAUCAAAAACAACAAUGUCUGAGAAACUUCCCUACAAAGUUGCCGACAUCAGCCUGGCUGAAUGGGGACGAAAGGCCAUCGACAUAGCCGAGAACGAAAUGCCUGGCCUCAUGAAGAUGAGGGAGGUGUACGGCCAGUCCAAGCCUCUGAAGGGAGCCCGCAUCGCUGGUUGCCUGCACAUGACCCUGCAGACCGCCGUGCUCAUCGAAACCCUCAAAGCCCUCGGAGCAGAGGUUCAGUGGUCAAGCUGUAACAUUUUCUCCACUCAGGAUCACGCCGCUGCUGCCAUUGCCAAAUCUGGCGUUCCAGUGUACGCGUGGAAGGGUGAGACGGACGAGGAGUAUGUGUGGUGCAUCGAACAGACUCUGUACUUCAAAGAUGGUGAGCCCCUCAACAUGAUCCUGGAUGAUGGAGGAGACCUCACCAACCUGGUCCACCAGAAGCACCCCAAACUGCUCGCAGGUAUUCGUGGCGUGUCGGAGGAAACCACGACAGGUGUUCACAACCUGUACAAGAUGCUGAAGAAGGGCGAGCUGAAGAUCCCUGCCAUCAACGUGAACGACUCCGUCACCAAGAGUAAGUUCGACAACCUGUACGGCUGCAGGGAGAGUCUGAUCGACGGCAUCAAGCGAGCCACCGAUGUGAUGAUCGCUGGGAAAGUGGCCGUGGUGGCCGGUUACGGUGACGUGGGUAAAGGCUGCGUCCAGGCUCUGCGGGCGUUCGGAGCUCGGGUCAUUGUGACGGAGAUCGACCCCAUCAACGCCCUGCAGGCUGCCAUGGAGGGAUAUGAAGUUACCACCAUGGAUGAGGCCAGUAAGGAAGGAAACAUCUUCGUCACCACCACCGGCUGUGAAGACAUCAUCCUGGGACACCACUUUGAGAACAUGAAGGAUGAUGCCAUCGUUUGCAACAUCGGACACUUUGACUGUGAGAUCGACAUGAGCUGGCUCAACAAGAACGCUGCAGAGAGGAUCAACGUUAAACCUCAGGUGGAUCGCUAUCGUCUGAAGAACGGGCGUCACGUCAUCGUCCUGGCAGAAGGCAGGCUGGUCAACCUCGGCUGUGCCAUGGGACACCCGUCGUUUGUCAUGAGCAACUCUUUCACCAACCAGGUGCUGGCCCAGAUUGAGUUGUGGACGAACACGGCAAAGUACCCGCUGGGAGUCUACUUCUUGCCAAAGAAGCUGGAUGAGCAGGUGGCAGCUGCUCACCUGGAUAAGUUGGGGGUGAAGCUCACGAAGCUAACGGACAAACAGGCCAAGUACCUGGGCCUGCCCACCGAGGGGCCCUUCAAACCGGACCACUACCGCUACUGAGCCUUGAAACCAAGACGAGCUGGAGGGAAGGAGAACUUUGGGAGACCGCCAGACGUCCGUGAUUCAGGGAUGAUUAAAAAGCCAAACGGUUCUUGUUUUGAAUAAAAAGAUUUUAGUUGCUGCGUGUGGAACCAAGUGAAGCAGCUCCGUGCUCAGACCUGCAGCCGUUGAGGCGUCUGGAAACGAAAGUUUUCAGAGAACUGCGACAGCCCAAGGUCCCGCAGCUGCUUCACUUGCUGCAUUUCAGCUCGAAAUGUGCCGUUUCAUUUAUCUUCUCCGCCGUCUCUUCUCUCCAAACCUCUUCUGAAGCUGCAUCUGGUGCUCCGGUGGCUGCGGAAGAAAAUUCCUGUUUUCUGUCAUUCCGUCUCCAUUUAUGGAAGAAUAAAUCCUGAUGCUUGUCCAGACGGUUCUGUGAGACGCAGCCCGAUUCCACAUUAAACCGCUUCCUGUUGGCCUUCGUGUGUUUUCUGCAGCGUGCUGCCAAAUCAACCACCAAGCACCCGCGCCGCUCUGAUUGUUGUUAGUGUGAUUGUGUCAUUGGACCCGAGGGUCAGAAAACGUGCCUUCGGAUCCUCGAACGCUCCGGUCCUGAUCCGUGAAGAUGGACCGAUCCGGCCUAAGUGUUUGUCUCCGUUUUCAGCAAUUUCAGCUCCAAGUGUUCAAACUGUCCAGUUAUAAAUAAAGAUGAAUAAACAGA